AUGACGCCCUCCGCCGGGCUCCUCUUCGGCUGCGGCGUCGCAUCGUGGGCCUCAGUCCUAUACGUCCUCCGCGAAUCCGACGCCGAAGACGACACGCACACACAGGUCCGUCCACCGCCCUCCCUCCCCCGCGCAUUCCUACACCGUUUCUCCUCACAUCGGGAACAACAGGACCGAGCGCCGCACGGCCGCGCGCGGCGCAUCGUCGGCGGCGCGGUCUUCGCCGCGCUGAUACUGAGCUCCGCGUACGGGACGUCGCAGAUCACGUCGACGCCGUCGAUCCGCCCGCUCUCCGUCGCAGACGUCAUCGCCGCGCCGCCGCAGCCCGCCUGCGCGCGCAGGCCGCUCGCGUUCGCGCCGCUCCACUCGCCGGACGCGCGCGCGUACCGCGAGUUCGACGACGUGCUGCUCGUCGUGUUCUUCAGCCACGCGCGGUACGACGUGAACCUGGACUACUACCGCGCGGUGUAUGCGGAGUAUUUUCCGAACAUGCUGUUUAUCGGCCCUGGGAGCCGCGAGGACGCGGGGUUCAGGCACUCCUAUGACGUGCUCGUGGACUCGUACGAAUCCGACGAGGAUCUGUCCGAUCCUGGCUUCUACAAGAUGGCCGGCCGCAUGGCGCACCACAUGCUGUACACCGCGCUGCAGGAGCACCCGUGCUACGCCGGCUACCUCUGGGCGCCGUUCGACACCUUGCUCAACGUCCCGCGUCUGCAGCAGUUCGACCAAAACCUGUUCUGGUACCACUCGCCGUUCGCGCGGUACGUGCCGAACGCCGCGCUCGGCUCGGAGGAGGCGAACGCGGAGAGGGGCCGCCACGCGCCGCCUGCGAAUAUCUCGCCGGAUCCGUAUCUGAAUCUGACCGAGGGCUGGAGGGGGUGGGGCCCGGAUUGGUGCGAUCCGCACGUCGGCGUGUCCAAGUGGGCGCAGGGGAUGGAGGUGGACACGUUCCACACCUUCCACUGGGGCGACAAGGACGAGUCUGGUGAGUGGCGGGGCAACCCCGCGCACAUCACAGACGUGCGCCGGCUGCUGCAGGAGUCUGCGGCGAGGCAGGAGAUCGCGUUUCCCGGGCCCAGCUCGACGACGUGA